UUUUUUACUAACAGAGAUAAACAUAAACUAGAUACCAAAUGCAAAUUAUGACGACUAUUCUGAAAUUUUUAGUUCUUUCACAAAAUCAUAAAUAUAACAAAGGGCAUGAUAUGAUGACGUUUCUGUUACCAUAGCAACAGUUGUUUCUGUUUAUUAUUCGAGCUGUCUAAUGGUGAAUUUAGGUUAUAGAUAUUUAUAAAAUUGUGUAAUUUAUUCAUUUUAAGAUUACAAUGGAAGAUGUAGACACUCCGCAAAUAAUUACUCAUAUUGAAAAUAAUUUAAAUCAUUCGCUAUUUGACUGCAAGUGGAUACCAUGUUCUGCAAAAUUUGUUGUUGUUGGUUCACUACCGAGGGGCAGUGGAACUAUUGAAGUUUUCGAGAUUACGGCUGGUGAAGCUAAGAAAAUAAAAGAAAUAGAAAGACCUAAUUCAUUCAAAUGUGCCACUUUUGGGGCCAGUAACGACGUGGAAAGACGUCUUUCAACAGGGGACUUCAAAGGAACUUUAGAAAUAUGGGAUUUAGAGAAGAGUUGUCAAGUUUAUAUCACCAAAGAGCAUACAGAUAUAAUUAACUCAAUAGAUGGUAUGGGUGGGAAUACAAUGAACUGUGGAGCACCAGAAAUCGUUACCGGAAGUCGUGAUGGUACUGUGAAGGUAUGGGACCCACGUCAGAGAGGAAAACCAGUUGCGAACAUGCAGCCUAUGAAAGGUGAAACUAAACGUGAUUGCUGGACGGUUGCAUUUGGUAACUCCUUUAAUGAUGCGGAGAGAAUCGUUGUCGCCGGUUAUGACAAUGGCGAUUUGAAAAUGUUUGACCUCAGAACAAUGUCACUUAGAUGGGAGUGCAACUUGAAGAAUGGGGUAUGUUCCGCUGAAUUUGAUCGUAAAGACAUUCCAAUGAACAAGAUAGUAGCAACUACUUUAGAGGGCAAGUUCCACGUGUUCGAUGUCAGAACACAAAACCCUGUGAAAGGAUUUGCUCAGGUUCUAGAUAAUUCUACGAAAAGCGGCACAAUUUGGGUGGCUCGCCACGUGCCACAGAACCGUGAUUUAUUCAUAACUUGCGCUGGUAAUGGACAAGUAACGCUUUGGAAAUAUCAAUACCCAGAGCAAAGAGUGCGAACGGAUGAUAAGGGCGUUGCGUGCGGAGUACCAGGUAAGCUGCAGCGUCUCCAGAGGAUGGUGAUCAGUUCGCAGCCAAUCAACGCGCUGGACUGGAACCGCGAUCACACAGGCCUUGCGGUCGCCACCGCUUACGACCAGUGUAUCAGAGUCCUCGUCACCACCAAGUUGAAUUUGCACUAGUCAAUUUAAGUUAUAAUGAUUUUAA